GCAGAUCCAACGGCGGAGAGUGGAAGACAACAUUCAAAGCCGAUCUCCCCCGUGUGUACCACUUAGCCUUAUCCUGCGCACGCUUGCGCACACAGUGACUCGGGCUCUCUGUGACUUCCUACGCACCCACUGUAAUGGCAGCUGAGCUACAACCACCAGAAGCCCUAAUGACCGCCGGCCCAACAGCCGCAACCGCAACCACGACAACAGCAUUAGAAGCGACGAAUGCCGUACUGUCGACCGACAACCCCGGACAGGCUUUGGCCCCGAAACGGCAACGCCGGCCCAGCGUCCGAUUAGGCGAAAUCGGAGACCAGCCAGCCACUCUCUCGUAUGAGUCUCACGUCCGACGAAACAAGCAACAUCCCUGUAGGCUCCCCAAGGAGCAUUCCUCUAAGUCGGUGAAGGCUCGGCUCCUUACCAACCUCGUCAACGGCGGCGAUUACCACGAUAUCCAGGAGCCUCCAGAAGAUAGGAACCAAAAUGGCGACGGGAAUCUCGAAUUCGCAAACCGGAAGAAGGCGAAGCGGGGCGCGACGAAGCGGGCCCGAUCUAAUUGGGUCACGAGAAUAGAAGACGGAGCCGUGGCCGAGGGCGACAGCAGAGAAGACGGCAACCAAAACGAAGGAUUUAGAGAUUUCGAUCCGGACUCGGACAGUCAGCAGAAGGACCACAGCCCAGUCCACUCGGUCGACAAGGUGGAGCUCGAUUUGUGGCACGGAUUUAGAAGGCAAGGCCUGGCUAGGGCUUCGGAGAGUCGCGAAAACGACGCCGUUGAGUUGGACAACUUCCCCGAGUCUGAUUCGAGGGACCGGAAGUGUGUGACGAGCGAGGGAGUGAGGUCGUGGCUGUUCGAAUUGGGGUUGAGUCGGUACGCGCCGGUGUUUGAGAUACAUGAGGUAGACGACGAUGUUUUGCCGAUGUUGACGCUGGAGGAUCUCAAGGAUAUGGGAAUCAAUGCCAUUGGCUCCAGGCGCAAAAUGUAUUCCGCAAUUCAAAAGCUUCGCAAGGGUUUUUCGUGAGUAUUUUCUCUUUUAGUUCUUAAAAAAAGAAAAGAAAAAAAGAACGUAGCUGUAAUCUUUAUCUUAUAAACCCUCGGUCAUGGUUGAAAUAUUGGAUAAAAUGCAUGACUGAGAUGGUUUGAGCCUCGUUCUGAUGCUGCUGCUGAUGAUAUUAAUAAUAACCAGAAGAUGAUGAUAUUUAUAAUCUCGUUUCCUUCUUUUGGUUAGCAGUUUUGAAAUGGAGCAGUUUUGUAUGUUGAUCUUUCCCUUGGUAAUGGUACUUGAGAUGCUAUGUAUGACUAAUGAAUUGUUGUAGGAAAUCCAGGAAAGAGGAUUUUCUUUCAUGA